AUGGCCGCACCCAAAAUUCCCUUAUAUCUGCGGAUUCGGAAAAAGUUGUUGUCUUGGACACGUUGCGAGCAUGGAGAAGCGAACACAGCAACACUCGAUGACUUUGACCGGAUCAAGACGCUGGGCACCGGAUCUUUCGGCCGGGUGAUGCUCGUCAAGCACAAGGCGUCCAGCAAUUAUUAUGCUAUGAAAAUUUUGGACAAACAAAAGGUCGUAAAGCUGAAACAAGUGGAGCACACGCUGAACGAGAAGAAAAUCCUGCAGGCCAUCGAUUUCCCCUUUCUCGUCAACAUGACCUAUUCAUUUAAGGAUAACUCAAAUCUGUAUAUGGUGCUGGAGUUCAUCAGCGGCGGCGAGAUGUUCUCACAUUUGCGGCGUAUCGGCCGGUUUUCCGAGCCGCACUCCCGGUUCUACGCGGCACAGGUGAGCUCGAUCGUUUGCGCCUCAAAU